CAGGCAUUUAAAAAAGGACAGGAGGCUCAUUGGUGGCCAGAAGUUCGUAUCUAUAAUUUCUCUCUCUCUCUUUUUCUUUCUUUCUUUCUUUCAAUAAGUGCUUUGUGAUGACACGAGAGUCCCUGUUCUAACAAAGUUUCCCUCCUUUACUUUUUCGCAGUAGUCCUAAUUGUAAGGUGCACCCAGGACUUGUUGAAGGUGAAUGCACUUCUUCAGAAUGGUUGCAACCAACAACUUAAAUAAUAAAAAUACUGAACUGAUACAGCAGCGAUUUCAGCAGGCAUCCUUCUCUGACUUUGACUAUUGGGAUUUUGUAGCGCCUGAACCCAACUUUAAUGAGAUGGUGUUUGAGGAACGAACGUGUCAGAAUCUAAUUAGAAUGCUGGAGAACUGCCUCUCUAAAUCAAAACAGACUAGACUGCAUUGCUCAAAGGUCUUGGUCCCUGAGAAAUUAACUCGGAGGAUAGCUCAAGAUGUCUUGCGUCUCUCUUCUACGGAGCCUUGUGGUUUGCGGGGCUGCAUUAUUCAUGUCAACUUGGAAACUGGAAAUGUAUGUAAAAGGCUGGAUAAGAUUGUUUGUGAGCCCAGCGUCAUUCCUACUUUUGAACUGACACUGGUGUUCAAGCAAGACAAUUGUUCAUGGCCCAGCUUCAGGAGUUUAUUCCCCAGAGUUUGUUUUACUUCUAGCUAUAAACAGACUCUGAUCUUGAGCCCUGGGUUUCGUUUAAUUAAGAAAAAAUUAUACUCCUUGAUUGGGACUGUGGUUGAAGAAUGCUGAAAAGUGUACUAAAAAGUGUACUGGAAAAGAGAGCUGAGCUUACAGCCCUUAGAAAUAGAAGGGAUAUUUGCACAAUAAACCAUUGAUGGUCUCAAAACUAUCUGGUGCUAUGUAAAAUAAGGAGUGCAGUUCCUUGAUACUUGAAACAUUCCUUGGUUAGCAAAGAUAUGGCAAGCCCAAUAGCCAUCCUGAUUGCUAUUUAUUGCUAGUAGUUGAACUAAAUGGUUUGGCAUUCUUUGAUAUUUAUUUUUAAUGAGAGUUUCCUGGAUUCACAUUGUUUUUAAUCCAAAUUGGGGGGAAAUUUCUCAUAAGCUUUCAAGAAACAAACUGGUCUCUAGAACUAAAUAGAUCAAAGAGGUAGGAAUGAUGCUUCCAAAAUGCUGCUCAUAGCUGCAUUGGUAGUAUCAAAUAAAAGAGGCAGGACAUAAGAUAAUUAGGAGAGAUUUUGAAGCUGCUGUUGCUUUUUCUUCAAGGUCAUCUUAACUAACAACAUUUGUCAUAAUUCCUCUACGUUCAGAAGCCUUACCUUGACUUCCUGCAACCUGGUAUCUUCUUGAUGUAUUGCCUCUACAACUAUUGGCACGCCUAUCCAGCAUGACCAAAGGCCGGAAAUUUUAAGUCCCAACAAUUGUAAGGAGUGCCAUCUUGAAGAACAUCAUCUUACCUGCCAUGAUUGACUUGCCUUCCAUGCUAAAAGAUUUGCAGGGAGUUAGCUUACCCAAAUAAUCAUGAAUAAUUGCAUUAAGAGUUCUACACUUUGUUUUAUAAAUACAAUAGUGCUGAAGUGUACAAAACACUUGAUGUACACUUGGCCUUGAACAGUUUGUGUUGCUUUAUAGUCAAUUUAUUAGAAUACUUAUUAUUGUCAUGCUAUAUUUUAGUUAGCAUGCUCAAUUUGGGGGGUAAAAGCAGUCUAUGGAUUUUUUUUGCCAAUUGUAACUGAAGAGCAAUAAUCUGGAAUCUACAUGUCAUAGAUGAUGUCAGAAGCCGUUGCUUCACGAUAAACUUUGAAGCUCUUAUUAAACUGAUUCCCGCAAAGAAUCAAUGAAAUACCACUCCAGUGAUUUUUGGUUGAGUUAUGGAAAAUAUAAAGAUAACAUAAGAAAGGUUUGGGUAUCCAGCUUUCUUCUAGACACACAUAUACACUGCAGAUAUCCAUAAUCCAAGAAGCAAACUCUAUAAUUAUUAGCAUAUUCAUACACAAAUAUAGAUGAAUUCUCACUUCAGCAGGAUUGGGAACAAGUCCCAGAUCUUGUCUCUUUUUGAUACUUGCAAAGCUGGGAAUCCUAAUUCUUCUCAAACCAUUUAGAUAGACGGGACCAGAAUUUCAAUCUUUUUGGCCUGAUGACUAUGAAUUUGAGAACUCUAGCCUCAUUAUUUCUGGAAAGCGCUAUCUUGGAGAAGGCUGCUCUAGAUCCCCAGCUAACAUCUCUUCAUGGUAAUAAAUAUAGAAAUUUAAUACCUACUAUUGACCUUUUAGGAAAAUCUGUAAACAUUGGAAAAUAUUAGAUCCACGCUUCCUAGGAAUUAGAAUAAUAUAUUUGAUAGCAUUAAGCUUUCAUGGGUUGUAACAAAUAAAUAACAUUACAUGCCCAUUCUAAAAGAAACAAAAAGUGUCUUUCCCCCGAGAAUAUCUCAGUGGGGACCAGACUCUAAAUUGUACAAGCAGAAAGAAAUGAGGGAAGGAAGAUGAAAACGCCACUGAAUUUUUGUUUUGUUUUUGUGUAGUAGAUUUUGCAUCUUGCCUUGUAUGCAGGGAAGUGGAAAGGAUAGAUAAGUCAAACUAUCCUUGUGAAACACUCUUUUCUUUAAAUCAGUUUUAAUAAACUCUUUAAGUUACGAUAAACUGAUAGGUAAAGUAUGCAAGGGUUAUUUUUGUUUUGUUGAAUUUAAUAUGUGAAGGAUAAAAACAUAUGUAGUCUAAUGCAGGUGUCUUAAAAUGCAGAAGGCUAUGAAUUAUAUUUAGCUGACUUGAAAGUUGUGCAUUUCUCUCUGCCGGUCAACUGAGACUAUGUUGUCCUGACCUUAGGUCUUUAUAAACCAGUGUUCCAUCUUCUGUGUUAUAGCCCAUCUACAGCAUGGAUUCUCCUUGCCUUUGGAUUCAUCAAGAUUAGGAGACCUCCCUUAGCAAACUCAGGAGACAGAUAGAGGCAAGGAAUAAUAAAAAUGAUAGCUGUGGCAGCAAAAAACAUGUGCUUUUGUAACAUUAAAAGUCCAGAGUUUAAAAUUUUCUGUUAUUAUCACCGCUUUAUUAGUUUGUACUUAUGUUCUGAAUUGCACUGAUGCGGGAGGCUCCCUUAUUGUUGUGGAGUUAGGAAAUGUUUUUUUCUUACUUCUGUCAUAGCAAUGUUCUUAAAUGUGAUACUUAUGUAAGUCCAUCUAUAAAUAAAUAUAUAUAUAUAUUAA